AGUGAUCGUUUCGUGUUAUCUUGGUCGGCGGCGUUUUGUACUUGGUGUAAAUUUACUUUCGUGUUGUUGGCCGUCGUUAGCUGUCGGUCGUCCCUAGUCGUGGUACGUUACGAAAAGGGCAAAAAAACAACACAAAUAAAGAAGAAGGAAAUUGAUUUUCACGUCCGUGCUGGCCUUGUACUUAUUGAAAAAAAAAACUCUCACAACUACUUAAUACUUACAUGAUACAUGUUUAACGGAAUGCUGAAUUCAACAUGGGGCUUCAGGCCGAAAAUUGCUCAUUGUCAAGAAGUGAGUACUUAUAGUUUAUUUAAUUAAAUGUUCUGUUCAACCUGAUGAAUAAUUAUGUUCACUUACCUAUUUCAACACUUGAAAUAUAACAUUUUUUCAUCUAUUAUACAACACAUUGUCUAUGCAUUCAUAUAGUGUGCAUGUGUAGAUGGAUACAUUGUUUUAUCUAAUAUGAUCAAGCUUAAAUUGACCCCAUAAAAUCAUUGCCAUAAGAUGUUACCUACUAAUUAAGAUCGAAAUAACUUUUUAUAACUGGUAAAAAUCUCGUGAAUUUGGUCUUCUCUGUAACCCCUUAUAAUAGUUUUAUUUAAAUUCUACAAUGAAAUCUUUGUAUAUAGGCACACCAAAGUGGUUACUUAAAGCGCGCAACCACAGAACAACUAUUAGAAGUGUUCAACAAAGUGAGUUUUUUUUAUUUUCAGUUAAUUACUUUAUGAGGAAUGUUGUAUUAAAAUUAUUUUUUUAAUUGUUAGUAUACCACUGUCGAGAAGCAAGGCGAGAGAUAUAUAAACUCUGUAGACUUCAUAAAAAAUUAUAUUGGCAUAUUGAAUGAACCGUCCAGUGACUUGGAUUCACUUUGGUUAUUAAGUGGAAUUGUGGAUACUAAUAAAGAUGGGUUAGUACAUAUAACUUAAAAAAUAUAACUAUAAAAAAAUAAACAUACCUACUUUUUAAAACUUAUUUUUAUCAUGUUUAAGAGAUAUUGAAGUAAAUUAGUACUUAAAUAAAUUAAUUUUGUACAAUUGAGUUUUUUUUUAUGGAACAAUAAAUAAUUUCAAUUGAUGUUAUCUUAUUACCUUGAAGUAUAUACUCAAAUUUAAAUAAAAAAAAUAUCAAUUAAUUAUAUCAUAUAUAAUUUUAUAAUGACAAAGCAAAUUUAAUUAUUUAAAUCUUCGUAUAUUAUAAAUCUGAAUAUGUAAAUAAAAAUUAUCUAGGAAUUGAAUUUGACAAAAUAUUUAAUAAAUUAAAAUAGAAUUUAAAAAAAAAAAAAAAUAAAUCAAGUACUUUUAUGAUGUUAUGUUUAUAAUUGUAAUUUGAAUUUUUUAGACUCAUUUCAUUUGCGGAAUUUCAAGCAUUUGAAAGUCUUUUAUCAGAACCAGAUGCUUUAUAUAAAGUAGCAUUCCACCUGUUUGAUAUAAAUGGAAACGGUGUUAUAUCCUAUGGUACUAAUGUAUAAAUUUAUAAAUUAUUAUGUCAUUUUAAUAGAUUCUUUUUUUUUUCAGAUGAAUUUGUAUCAGUUAUUAAAAAAACUGAACUUUACUUAUUAAUACCUUUCAAUUUGGAUAGUCAAUUUAUGAAAUUGUAUUUCGGGGAGAAAAAAAAUCGUAUUAUUAACUAUUCAGAAUUCGCUCAAUUCCUACAUGUACGUAAUAAAAUGAUCAAUAAAAUAAAAAAAUUCAUAAAUUAGGAGUUAAUGUUAUAUAAGUUGUGUUUUAGGAUUUUCAUGAAGAAUGUGGAACAGAAAUUUUCCGUACGUUUGAUAAAUCUGGCUCUGGUUUUAUAUCUGCUAAUGAUUUUCAAGAAAUAAUGCUGUUAUCCAAAAGCCAUUUAUUAACUACUGGUGUUCGAGAUAAUUUAUUACCAGUAAUUUAGUUCCAUACAAUGAUUUAUUUGUUAUCUAAAGUUUAUAUUGUAAAAAUAAUAUACAAUUUUUUUGUUAGGCUGCUGGAGCCCACCGGGUCAGUUUUCCAUAUUUCAUGGCCUUUAUAUCACUUUUAAAUAAUAUGGAACUUAUUAAACGUAUUUAUUUAAAUGCCAGUAAUGAAAAUCGAAAUCGAGAAGUUACUAAAGGUCAUUUACACAGAUUUUAUGCAAUUUAUGACAUUUAUAAACAAAUUAUUUUUAUUAUUAUGGAUUAUUUUCUUGUUUAGAUGAAUUUUUGUAUUCCACACAAGUUAUGUCUCAAAUUACACCAUUAGAAGUUGAUAUAUUGUUCACACUUUGUCAUCUAUUACAUCAAAGAGCUGGGUAAUUAAUUUUUAAUAUAGGUACUUGUAUAGGUAUAUUUUAUUAUUACAUUUCUGUAAAAAUAUAUGUGUAUUUUUUUUUAGCAAGAUAGUUUAUAAUGACUUGAAUUCAAUAACACCAGAACAGUAUUACAAAGAAAUACACAAUCGUAGAAUAGCUGAAUUCCACGCAGUAUCUGUAAGUGAUAGUAUAUAAGUUGUUAUCUCUAUCAGUACAUUUUAUUUGAGGUUAUUUCAAUGAUUUCAGAGUCCAUCUGAUCGAGGAGUUUUUAUUCAAGUAUUGGAGAGUGUAUAUCGGUUUAUGUUGGGCUCAGUUUCCGGAGGUAUUAUUUUAUUUGAUUCAAGUAGUGGGAUGUUUGCAUGCUCGGUACAGUAGGCACAUAAUAGCGUAUCCAAUUUAGAUGAGGGUAAACAAACAUAUACUGGUGGUACUGGUUGUACUGUUUUGUUCUAAUUUUAUUUUUUUGUAUACUUGAUAAGUACCUGUCAUUAAUUGCUAUCAAAUAUCUUAACAUGCAAGUAUUCCAUUUUAUCUAUCAUGUACCACCUAGACACAUAAGUUGACUGUUAGUGUUGUAAUCACACGGUGCUUUACCAUUUUUUGCAAACAAAUAAUCUUAACUCUUUCCUAAGAUAAAAGGUUUCUUCUUCCUAAUCAAUCGUCAUAUAUGAUAAAUAAUUAUUUACUGAAAUUCAUUUAACUAAUAGUCGAAUAAUAUUAGCAAUAAUUGUCAAAUCAAAUGGAUUGAUUUUAUUAACUCUAAUUUACACAUAGUAUUCUAUUAAAUUUUUAGUUUGGAUGUAGGUAAAAUUAUAUUUCUUUUCUGAUUUGUGUAUAUUUUGUAGGUUUUAUAUAACUUAUUAGGCUCCAGCUACAAUCUUAAUUUUAUUGGUUUUUAAAUCAUGUAAUUUGCUAUUGGUGAAACAAUGGGUCUCCAUCAAUAUCCAUUCUUCUGAUAUAAUUGUCUUAUGGUAUAAGUCAUAAAUGGAUAUUCAAAAUUGUCCGCAGUUUCUUCACCGACAAAACAAAUAAGUUGAUUUUGAUCACUACUGAAACUAUAGAUAAUAUUUGAAACAAAAACAAAUAAUUGAAAUACAUUUUAUUUAGUUAAAUUAUAUUCAUCUAUAGUAAAAUAUUGUAGUAUAAAGUAUUUCAUAUAGUUAAAUAAUUUUAUAUUAAGUAGUCAAUUAUAAAAUCAUAAUAACAAUAUUUAUAUUUAAAAUUCAGUAAUUGUGGUUUAUUUUAGCUAUCGGUGCAACAGCAGUGUAUCCAAUUGAUUUGGUUAAAACAAGGAUACAAAAUCAAAGAGCUGGUUCAUUUAUUGGUGAACUCAUGUAUAGAAACAGUUUUGACUGUUUUAAAAAAGUCAGUUAUUAGUUUAUAUAACAUACAAUUAAAAAAGUAAUGAAAUAAUUAAUUAUAUGUUUGUUUUUAAAUAUAAAUUAGGUAAUUAGACAUGAAGGAAUAUUCGGACUUUAUCGAGGUCUAUUGCCUCAGCUGAUAGGUGUUGCUCCAGAAAAAGCAGCAAAGCUUACUGUUAAUGAUUUAGUAAGAGACAAAUUACGCAAAGAGAAUGGAGAUUUGACUGUCUCUGCAGAAAUUGUUGCAGGGGCUUGUGUUAGUAUAAAUUUGUUUUUUUUUUUUUUACUAAAUACACUAUAUUUUGUUUUGAUGUCAAUAUAUUUAUUUCAGGCAGGAUUUUCACAAGUAAUAUUUACCAAUCCAUUAGAAAUAGUAAAAAUUCGCUUACAAGUGGCUGGUGAAAUAGCGUCCACACGAAAAUUGAGUGCUAUUACUGUUAUUAAAGAAUUGGGAUUUUUUGGAAUGUAUAAGGUAAACAAUUUAUAAAUAAGUAUAUUUUUAAAAUUUGUCUUUAAUUUAACUAUGGUUUAUUUUAAUUUAUGAUUAUUUAGGGUGCUAAAGCAUGUUUUCUUAGGGACAUACCAUUCAGCGCUAUUUACUUUCCAGCAUACAAUCAUGUCAAACAGGCUUUUGCCGAUGAAAAAGGUUAUAAUCAUCCGUUAACAUUAUUAGCAGCUGGUUGUAUUGCUGGUGUUCCUGCUGCUUCAUUAGUGACACCCGCAGACGUGAUAAAAACACGACUACAAGUUGUAGCUCGAAAAGGUCAAACAUCUUAUAAAGGAUUGGUUGAUUGUGCAUCAAAAAUUUAUAAUGAAGAAGGACCAAGGGCAUUUUGGAAAGGCACAGGCGGUUAGUAUAUUAUUAAAACAAAUUAUUCAAAUAAGAUAUACUAACUUCCUAAUUCAAAUGUCUAUUCUAUUUUAUUUAGCUCGUGUGUUCCGUUCAUCACCACAAUUUGGAGUUACACUUUUGUCUUAUGAAAUUUUACAAAGAUUAUUCUAUGUAGAUUUUGGAGGCUCGUAAGUAUUGAACAUUACAAACAAUACAUAACCAUUUAUUUCAAUGUUAUAUUAAAAUUAUUUUUUUAGCCGACCAUCUGGUUCAGAAAAACUAGUUUCUGUGCAUGGUGCAGGUGAUGGAAUAACACCAUCGAAUCCGGAUCAUAUUGGGGGCUAUCAUGCAGUAUUACCAAUAUUGGAAGGAAUAGAGUCCAAAUUUGGUCUUGUAUUUCCAAAAGUUAAAUCUGAAAAGUAAUCAUAUCAUACCUAACAACACCUGUAAUACUUACAUUCUGAAAAUUUAAUGAAAUUGUUAUUUUGUGAUAUUACUAUUUUUAUCUUCAUAUACAAAUUUAGUACUUAAUAUUCUAUUAAUUUGUCGAUUCAUUCAAUUUUAUUUAUUUAUUAAACCAAUGAAAACACAUAAUAUACAAUAUUAUACACGCCAUUAAGAAAACACAAUUAAUUAUGUAAGUUAUUCCUGUUUUAUCAUUAUCCUAUUUUAAUUUUUUAUGUUGUGUAUGGAUUGAUUAAAAAAAUAAUAUUCUUGUCUACCAAUAAAAUUAUUUUUUUAAACCAAUUAAAUGUAUUAUUUUUUUUUAAUAUUUAGUAUUUUUUUUUUUAA